UAAGGAAGUGCUCCACGUUCACAAGCGAGCCUGGGAGAGCCGUGUGUGCCGGAGGGUGGAGACGCUGCCCGGGUCCGGAGCUUGGCUAUGAGCAUUCGGGAUUUACUAAGAGGCCGGUGAAGAGGCUGCAGCGUGCCGCUAAAUAUGCACGUCCUGGCAGGAGUAUGGAGGAGGUUGCCUUUAGCUGCUCAUUCCCAGAUCAAAGGCAUAAGACACACUCGGGGACUAAGGCUCAGCACCGUGUUCUUAUACAGCACACAGGUACCCUCUAGUGAUGUCUCUGUCCAUUACAAUCACGGACUACCAGUGAUUACCCUUCCACUCCCCUCUCGUAAGGAACGCUGCCAGUUUACCGUAAAACCACUGACAACCUCUGUGGGAAAAUUCUUGAAAGAUAUCCAGAAUGAAGACAGAGGCAUCGACAUUGUUUCUGCCGUUUCAGCAGAUGGAACCAAGUUCUCCAGCUCAACAUUAAUGGACGUCUUACUAAGAAAUGAGUUCCAACUGGUCAUUAACAACUCAACAUAUCAUGUCCAGCCACCACCCAGAGAAACUCCGCUUGUUGAGAACUCUAAUGAGAUGAACUCCAUUAAGUCCCUAGUCCACAGUCUCUAUGCGACCCUGCACUCAGAAGAACAUUGCCUCAAAAAAGAGCAGGAACUCCUGCAGAAGCUUGAUGACCUAAAGGAAGAGCUGCAGCCUCUGGAGGAGAUGAAAGCCAAUAUAAUGGCUAAAUCGGAUGCCAAGACCACAAGACUCAUGUGGAUUGGGCUAGCGCUCCUGUCUACGCAGGGUGGGGCACUAGCCUGGCUCACAUGGUGGGUCUAUUCCUGGGAUAUCAUGGAGCCAGUCACGUACUUCAUUACGUAUGGAAGUGCCAUAGCCUUUUACGCAUACUUCGCUCUAACCAAAGAAGAUUACGUUUACCCAGUUAUUCGAGACCGACAGUUCCUACACUACUUCUACAGGAGAGCAAAAAGCCAGCGUUUUGAUGUGGAGAAGUACAAUAAGCUGAGGGACGAGUUUGCAGAGACUGAAGAACACCUAAAACGUUUACGAAAUCCUCUGCAGCUGAAGCUCCCCAUUGAGCAGCUACGUGAGAAGGAAUAAUCUACAAGUCUUUUGUAAAAUAGAUUAUGGGAAAGGGGUAUUAUUGGGAGGGAGGAGGGGAUGAUUUUUAACAUUACAGUAAAUGAUUAUAAUAAACCCCAAAAAGACUAGAGGAAUUUGUAAUUUUGUUCACAUCAUGUUCACGUUUUCUGUGUAAAAUACAAUUUGUUUAGAAAACAAA